GCAUUUUUGUUUUUUCAGACCAUUGCAGGAGCAUGUUCGAUGUCAAAUUGUUCCAUGAAUGAAAAGUGCAUUCCAAAACCUUUUGGACAGUUCGAGUGUGUUCUUUCAGAUUGUGGCAUACCUUCGAAUGAAGCUUUUUCGAUGGAAAAGUUAAAAGAAUGGGAUGGCAUAGGUAUAACAAGAGGAAUGCAUAUCACGUGCUCUUCUGGAUAUGACCAACAAGGUUCUGAAUUUCUUUUAUGUCAAACUGAUGGAUCUUGGAAGACAAGUUUGAAUUGCACUUUCAAAGCAGGAAUACCAGGAUGUUUUGACAAUAAGUACAGAAACUUUUCCAACAAGAUUCUAGAAGAAGGACCUUUCAGCAUGGACAAAAAUGGAAAACUGCAAUGUAAAAGUCGUUGCUUCCUAGAGGGCAGUUAUAAAUGUUUCGGCUUGCAGUAUGGGAAAUAUUGCUUUUGUGGCAAUGAAAUUAAAAGUUCACCCAAUCGCGUGUCAGAUGGAGAGUGCAAAAAAUCCUGUCGUGGAAACUCAGGUGAAUGGUGUGGUGGAAGUUGGAAGAUGUACAUUUUUAAGAAUAAAUAGACAAUGCACUUAUGUAAAAUGCAAUGCUAAAUUAUAAGGUGAUCGGCAUGUUUAAUGUUUAAUAUCACUGUAAAACAAUGAUUUUGUAUAACAUGAGUAUAUUGAUAUGUAUCGCAGUAGCUGUUCCGGUCUUACAAAAGAUAAAAAACCACGAAAGUUUGUUUACAAAUUAAACGUUUCAUCUAAAAUUGACGCGAUAUUUUGACCCUCUUAUGAUCCCCUCCCACCAACUUCUUAAAUUAGGGUGUAAUGAUUCGCUGAAAAUAGUAAUUUGCCUUCAAAAACAUUUCAACAAAUCGUUUACAUUUUUUUUCUUAUUUGGGUUAAUUAAAAUAUUCCUUAAAAGCAGAAGUAAUCAAUGGACGAAACCAAAAGGUUAAUCAUUGGACGAAACCAAAAGGUUUCCUUUUUGUUAGCAUGUUUAUGAUACAAUAUCUUUGUUUUACGUUUAAAAGUGAAAAUAAGUUUAACUGCAUUUUAUAUUUUUUUUAUAUAUGAAUGUAUGUAAAUAUAUGAAGAUAACGAUUCUCUAAUGUGAAUAGGUAAAAGUUUAUUACUUUUGAUGAUAAUUGGUUUGUUAGAAACAUUAUAUCAUAAUAUAGAAGCAAAAACUCAAACCAAACAGCUUGAAGGUUCCACUAUUUACCUUGGUUUUUUAUUUGCUUUUGAGUAAAAUGUUUAUGAUGAAAGAUAUAUUAAUGUGUUUUUCCGAAACAACCAAUUAGAUUGUUCCUCAUGAUGCCAUGUUUCUAAAGAUUAACCUGUAUAUUCAAUUAUUUUUUAUUCUUUUAUAUUGUGUUAAUGUAUUGUGUUUAUGGGACCCCUUAUUUUUAAACUUGUAAUUAUUGAAUGUUAGAAUUGUGUUUAAUUCACGUACAUGUACAUUAAACAAGACAAGCGGACAUUAAAUAUAAAUUAUAUAUAGAAUUAUUGUAAUACCUAUUUAACUUAUUAAUGUACCUAAAUACCAUGACAAGUGGUUGUCACAUAUCUUUUUUUCAAAUUUGGAGACUAGGAUUUACUUAUUAAAAUAGAUUAAUUGGUAAUUUGUUUGAACUCUUAAGACAAGGAAAAGCACCACCAGUCAGCUUGUAAUUGUACUUUCGAUAAUAUAAUAUUUAGAAAAAUCAGUAUCUGAUAGAGGUCCGAAAUUUUUUAUUCAUAAAGUAAAGGAUUUUGCCCUCCAGUAGAACUAGAACCAUCAGACAUCUAAGCACCAGUUACAUGUGCCCGAACUCUAAUUUCCUCGCUAAAUAAACUGUUAAGACUUCAAUCAUGCAAAUUAUUUUUGACCAUCCAUGUUAAAAUUCAUUUCUAUGAUUGCUUAGAUGUUUAUAUGUAUGGGUUUUUUUUACUCCUACGCUAUGUUGUUUUUAAGAAAAAUACGAGGUUUUUUU